AUGCAGGGGAAGCACCGGAACCCUGGCGAUCGGUUGGGGCCAGGGGGAGUUGGCGCGUCUCAGGCUGGAUACCGGAGCUUUGGCCGCGGAGGUGGGUACCGGCGGAGCGGGCGGGGCAAGGCGUCGUUGUAUGCUGUGCGGCCUCCGCCUCCCUUGCCGCAGCGCCGGAUCGAUGUUAUGCUGGAGGCGGGCCGGCUGGCGGCGGAGUACCUUGUGGCUAAGGGGUUGCUCCCGGCUAGCUCCCUGCCGCUGCAAACGGCGUCGGUGAGGUCUUGGCCGAACGGGGAGGGCGGCGAGAUCGGAAGGACGUCGGCGCUCGCACGGCUUGGGCGGAGGAGAUUCGACGAGGAGGAUGUGGGAUUUGAGCCGAGGAAUCAUAAGGGCAGAGGAGGCAGGCGGCGCCAUGGGAAUGGAUCAUACAGUCGUCAAGGGUCCGACUGGGGGCGGGAGAAUGGGAGAAGCGGAGGAUGGGCGGACUCGUGGCCUGAGAGGGACCAGGGUUAUUCGGAUGCCGUGUACGGUGACGACUUCGAUCGGGGAGCGCGCUGGCCGGAGAGAAACAGGGGAUUCUAUGAGGCCGUGGAGGGCGAUGAUUCAGAUCGGCGACCAGUUUUUGAGGACAGUGGCCGUGGUGGCGGGGAAGCCGCGAGAGCCAUGGCGACGGACGAGUUGUCUUUGGUUUCGAAGAGUGAAUCGACAGAUGAAUCGGAAUCAGAACCGGAGAGCCGCAAGCUUGCUGAUGACAGUGGCCUGCGAGCCACGGCGGAUUCUGAAGCGAAGGCAGAUCAGGCUAUUGAAGCUGAAGAGAGUCUGAAAAGAAUGCCGGAUGAUGCUGGAGUCUCGGAUUUGGAAAUUGCAGAGGCGGAAAAGGUGAAGGAUAGUGUCGAUGUCAGUGCAUGCGGUGAAACAGAUAAAAAGAAUGGUUUACAGGUCGAAGCGGAGGAUGCAGCGGCUCCACCCUGUCCUGCCACCGAGGACAAGCAGGCUGACAACUGUGGAGAAGCCGGGAUCAAUUUGCUAAGUCUCUGUGGCUUUGCAAAGGUGCCCACCAAGCCUCGAUCUUUAGUGCCCAAUCGAAACCUAAAACUGGAUAAGGCAUUGAGUACAGACGAGGUGGAGAAGAUUGACGGGGAAGCUUCAGGUGAAGGAGAACUUGGGGCCAAACCAGAAAGGAUUCCUGGACUCAGCCCUCAAAAUGAUGCAGUUACUGAGCAGUCUCCAUGUUCAGGAGAGUUAGCUUCCGAAGUCUCUGAAUCGACCACUUUGAAUGAUUCAACUUGUGAGCUGUCUCGGAGCUCGAAUGUCCAGGUGCGUGAAAUUUCCAGGUCUCUCUCUGCAAGGUUGGUAGAUAAUUCUCUGGGGCAUGAUCUGAUGUCCAGUAUGGAGGGUAGGUGCACGAGGUCAGUCUCACUCCCAAAGAUGUCAUAUUUUGCACACCAGCAGCAAGAGAGGAGUCAGAGUCAGAACAGCUUUCAGUUAUCCACAAAGUUAUUUGAUACUGGAAUCGAUGGUCUUCCUGAGCAUUUGAAGAGGGAGGGGCUGAAAAGGCCACGAGAAUGCUCCCAGGCGGACAAAAGCUUGCAUAGUCCAACUGCAAAACGAUUGGAGCUCUUGCCUGAUCAUGAAAUGGGUGGUGCUCUGGAAGAGGAGCAGUUAAACAAUGGAGAUUCACUUCCAACUGCUGUUGCUGAUUCUGUUAAUAAGUUGGAAAAUGAAGGACAGCUUGAGUCAAGCUCUUUCAAAAUAUGCGAUCUUAAUCUUGUGGGAGCACCUGAUGCAAACAAUAUCCCCGACGAUCCUGUCCCAGAUCAUAUUGCUUCCACUUCUGCUCCUCCGUUAUCUGAGAAUGACCUGCCUAUGGACUUUGGCCUAUUGAUAGGUAAGAGGUGUAGUGACACAGAUGGAUACACACACCAUUCAAGUGUGGAGGACAAAGAUAUCACGGUGAUUGAUUUGGAAGAUUCUCCUCUUCAGAUCAUUGCAUGUGAUACCUCGAAAACAGAGUAAGUCAUGACCUUAUUUUUAUUGCUUUGUCCUUGAACUAUUGUCUCAUUUAUUUCACUGCGGGAAAAAACAUCGACUUGACACCAUACUGUCACCUAAAUGUCAUUUUGCGGAUGUUCUACUGAGUAAUCAUCUUAUCUUCGUUGAUCAACUAAGGCCAAACCUCUUUGCUUCGUGGUACAGGAUUGACGAUCCUGAGUAUCGAAAUCUGGAAAAUCUUUUGAAUCACGCAGUGCACAAUGUUGAUCUCCCUGAAAUUCCGGAUGGGUAUGAUCUUACGAUUUCUGAGUUUCUAGGAAAUGAUAUGGCGGGCUGUUCAUCUGUACAAGGUGACAUCAGCAAUUUGCAGGCUGGAAUUCCCUUUCAUGGUGCAGAGGUAUGGUGACAUUGUCAGUAUAAUUGAUUACUCGGGUUUUACAUCUUCAUUCCCGUGGUUUUUUCUUUUAUCAGGAUGUAGAUAUGUUGAAUAGUCUUGCAUCCUUUUGCCUGUAUGAUGAUCAUGACGUUGGAAUUUGGGCUGCAUUUCCUCUUUCAGGGAAUUCCUGGUGUUGAAGAUUCACUAUACGUUACUUAUGGCGAAAUAAGUAUGCAGCAUUUCAUUUGGCUCAUUUCGUAAAUCUCGGUUUUUUUUAUUUUUUUAUGUGGUUUCGUCUGUUUAUUUAACUUAUAUAUUUCUAACUGCCUAUAUUUUCAUGUGCUUAAUGAUGUCUUCUUAUUCUCGGCACACCUUCAAAUAAAAAAUAAUAAUAAUCAAUAACAUCCUGCGGAAAAUUCAUAUCACAUUUUGUUUUAAUUUUGAGAUGGAAUGAUGGAUUUGGCAUGGAUCUAGCUGUAAUUUCAAUAUUUCUCCUCGGAAAAUAAAACUAAAAUUUACUCUGUGCAAGAGCCCAGAUAUGACCAUUUACAUUUUCUCUUUACCAUAUGCUUAUUAUUAUUUCUUGUUGUCUCUUUGCAGGCUUCAUGGAAGUUUGGGACCAGCCUCCUCCAGAGUAUGGUAAAUUCUUUUGA